UUGAGGUUAUAAAGAGCUGUCCAUUCUGCGCUUCCAGGAACCUGAUGUGACCCUUGGGGAAAUACCGAAAAAAAUAUAGAAGAAGGUGAAAAAUGAACUAUACAGCAAGGAAAUGAACUGUACGAUUAGCCCAGAUUAUAGGUGGAGCCCGUGAGUUGGAAUAAACCCUGCAGAUUGAAGCAUUUGGUGGCAGCGCUUCUGAAGCUGGCGCACGUAGGCUACGUAGAGAGAGACUUUCAGUCGGUGACGCUAAACUGCACAACAACAAGCCUCUCCUUCGGCUUGCUUUCCACACUUGUCUGCUCUAAAUUUGUAUCCGUACAACUUGCACUAUUAUUAUUUCCCCCCCGCACACUACAAGUGAAGCUCUGGAAGAUAUUUCGUUUGUCUUCGUUUUCUACAGCUGGGAUGGUUGAUGUCACAUCACGUGAAGCAACACAUGCGGCACAUUUAGCUGCUUGAUCCACGUUAGCAUGUGGCACAACCACCUCUGCUUUGUCUCUGCCCACAUGUCUGCUGGGUGACAAAGCAUAGAAGUUGUAUGUAGGGCCUAUUCACACUUCAGUUAAACCUAUUAGCAUUUAUCACUUGCAUCCACCCUCAGCAGGCCCUGAGACAAGAUAGAGAUGCUGAUGUUUGGGAUGCUCCAUCACCUCCUACUGGCUGGGACCUGUCUCGGUGUCUAUGGAACUGCUGUCCUUCUCCCAGACUUCACUCCCACGCAAGACAACGACUGUGACAGACAGUGUGCCAGCUCACUGAGAAGUGCUGGGUCAUCGCACACCACAGAUGUAAAGUCUGUACCCUCAGAUGCAGAGCGUGUGACUGGCAUGAUACUAAAUGUAGAUGUAGGAGGAGUGGCUGGCCCACAUGGACGGCCUGAGGGGAUAGAUCCAAUGACGCAUGCCGAAAACGGGGACAGCCUUGAUGGAAAAUCUGGGCCGAGUGCGGCUGGCGGAGAGACAUGGAGCCAAAGAAGGGAGAUAAAGAAAGUCGGGAGCACAUCUGAGAUGGGAGAAGCUGAAGGGCAGUCGGAGGCAGCUUCGGUACUGUCUGUGGGAUCAGUGACUACUAAGGUUUACAAACCUGUAAUGGAUGAGCAGAAAUCAACUGUUACAGGUGGGAGAAAGAAGCUGGACAUAGACAUGAAUAUCCCAAAACUGACUCCAGGUGGAUUUUCAGCUUCCUUUACAGCGCCACUACUGCUGAGUAUCACAGCCAGGGAGAGCAAAGACCCUGGUGGGGAGGACAGAACAAGACUACCUGGUGAUUCCCAUCAGAGUAAAGACCCCAGAACAAGCUUGACAUCUUCUACAGAACCUCAGCAUCCUUCAGCUCAGAUCCAGAGCCUCACCUCCCAAAGCCCCAUCACAUCCUCUGUCUUUGUCUCCUCUCGGACAUCCACACCUUUGACAAUUUGGGGCCAUGAUGGCGCUGCAAUACCCUCUAUCCCAGACCCCCUGUUGCCUGAAAUUGGACCAAACCUGAUGCCCAGAGAGGACGGACCAGAAAGCCUGUGGACUGAGGCAGCAAGACCUGGUGGAGACACGGAAGUACCACUGUCUCAGGAGGAAGCCACAGAAGGCACCAUGUCAUCAGAGGCUCUCCCUCUCAUUUUUGAAGAUGCUGCAUCAGAGGGGGCAGCGGCAGCUGCAGUGGUCACACUGAUGACCGGCAGUGCACAGACCCCUGCUGCCAUGGUGACCAGAGGAAUGCCUCUUUCAGAGGUGGACCUGCACCAGCCGGUCACCCUGGAGACAGACAGUGACAGUCUCUCGCAUGCCCCAACUCUGCUGGUACCAGACUGGACGUCACCUUGGCAGACUGAGCUCUCAGAGCCAAUCAGUUCCUCAAGUCUGUCUGUUUCACAGCGCCGUGCUGGAACUGAACUGGAGGAGCAUCCGGAGGGAGCUGAGGGAGUUGCUGUGAGGACACCAAACCUUGAAGAGAGACAGCCCACCACUGGCUCCUCCCUCUCAUCCUCUCAGCAGGCCAGGAGGACCGUUACCAUGGAAACUCAUCAGCCUGUGCACAAAAUCAGAUCAGGGUUUGAGGGGAUGUCUGAGGAGGAGCCAGAGGAGGAUGAGAACUCUGAGGAAUCGUUGGAAGAUGAGAGUGAUGAGGACCUAACAGAAACACCUACGACAUCCUCAACACAGCCUCCGUACAGCCUCAUCCCUCCUCCUCCUGUCUGGGUUCAACACAACCAGGGGCUGAUGCGGAGCUGGGUAGAACUGAUCAGAGAAAAGGUGGGUUAUGUGUCUGGGAUGUUGGCCCCUGUGGGCAUCGGCAUCAUGGGAGCCCUGCUAAUUGUUGGUGCCCUCUACAGCAUCAGGAUGAUUCACCACAAGAGGAGAAACAGCUUCAAACACCAAAGGAGGAAGGUCAGACAACCAGAGCAACCACGAGAGCCCAACACAGGCCAUCAAGACCAGACCAUGCUGCUGGCCGACAGCUCUGAGGAUGAAUUCUGAUAAGACCCUUAUGGGCUCCUUGUCUUGGUGACCAACAGCCAAUGCUUGGCAAACACCACUAUUGCUAUGACUACCGCAUCUCCAGUCACCCGGGGCUGUUUGGCUAUGACUCAUCUGAUCCGCAGAGUGUGACUGAGUAUAGGGCAGGCUGCACAAUGGUCAGCUUUGUAUUCUCCUCUUUUCUACCAACAGGAGCACUUUUCUGAAUGUUGUCAGGUGAUGUUGACUCUAAUGGCCUGGCAGUGCUGGUGUGAUGCAUAAAAAGUAAUAUUGCUGCUUGUAAAAACAAAAUGGAUUAACAGGGUACUGGUAGGAUGAAAGUGCUGCUGGCUUUCUGGAGUAAAGGGGAAAGUGUGGACCGGUGGUAUUUCUGUAAUAAAAGGGCCGUAGAAGAGUGACAUCACAUAAACAAUGUAAAUAUAUGUACUGUAUAUAUGUAGCUGACUUGGGGUCAGCCAUGUUACUGUAAAUAAAGCUUUUUUUUGGCUAAAGAAUAUUUAAAGGAAUAAUAACCACAUACCAAAUAAUUACCAUCACAUUUGCAUGAACAGAUUAUGGGUCCCUGAGCACAGACAUGUAAAAGGCCUCUCACCCUCCUACAUAAGAGCAAGACCCCCCCCCCCCCCGGAAGAGUUUUGUCUUUUAUUGUUAUUGUUUUGAGCCAAUAUUUUGUUGUUUUGUGUCUUUGUGUCACUUGAGAUGAAGGACGUCUCAUGUCUCUUAGACGCGUUUCCUUGAUUCCUCCUUCCUCGCAUUUUUUUUUUCCUUGUAUCUUACGUGGGUGGGGCUAAGAUGCAAGGAAAAGAUGCAAGUAAGGGAAACGUGGAUGCAGUUAAGGGAACUGGAAUACACCUGCCGGCACCUUAAACGCUUACAUGUAGACACCCUUUUGCCUUACAACUGCCAACAUAAACAAGCUGCAACGUUACUAAGUGGUUUCUGAGGCGCUGCCGGGCACAGAGCCAGGCCAGCUCUUUCACUUGUUUCCAGUGUUUAUGCUAAGCUAAUUAAUUGUCCCCAUUUUCCAUUUACCUGACAGGUAUCAAUCUUCUCUCGGCAAGAAACAAUAAGCAUAUUGCACAAAAUGUCAACCUGUUUCUCUAGACCACUGACUGAAGUCAUUGCUGUAGACAUGAUUUCCAAUCAUUAUAUAAACUGUCACAUACGAGUCAUUUGUAUUAAUUCUUGGCUUAAAUGUGAAUUUUGUGUAAAAGUAUGUUUUAUUCAAAGUCAUUUGUCCAUAAAAGUUACUAUGAGAAGCAUAUACAAAAUACCAUCAUCCUAUAAAAGUAUGUAGCAUACAACAGAUUUUGAUGUACAAUACAGCUAACUCUGAUAUGAUCUCUUCACACUUGCAAAAUGUUUUUUGUUUUUUUUUUGUAGGUGCAUGACACCUAUUCAUACACAGACCAGACAUUUUUUUUUCUGUAUCUGUUGGCCGGAAAAGCACAAACAUCAAAGAUACUAAGGCAGGAGCACAGACUGCAUACAGUCUAUGGGCAGAAGUUAAUAUUUUCACAAGUCAAUUGUCUUUAACUAGCUCAGUGUGUUUAUCCAAUUCAGACAAAGGCAGAUAUACAAGAUGUUUUGCCCAGCAUCUUCAGCUCACAAUGUCACGCCGCUGAAAUGCAGGGACUUGUAGUCAGAUCAAGUUUUAAGCUGUUACUUUUGUUUUAGAGAAACGUGGUUUCAUUAGAACUUUUCUGCUGUUGACCAGGGUGAAAAGAUGCAACAAGCAUUUGAACAUUAUUCAUUUGAGCAAUAUUCGUAACAACGUUAACCCAAGGUCUCAUCUAUCGUUUAAAGAAAAUGUAUUUUCUGUAACUUUGAGCCAUCUGAUAUGCUUAAUGUACAACUGCCUGUUUAUAUGCAAUAAUACUGUCUGUGUGUGAUGUAAAAUAGUGACACUUCUGUCUCUUCAUGUAGAUAUAACAGGAUGUGAUCAAAUAAACAAUUCUUUCAGACGUCUGAAUCCGACUCUCUAAUAAUACAGAUCAAGUGUGAAUACGGUUUUGCAAACCACUCCACCCAAACAGACAAGAUAACCCAGUUUACAGCAUUAAAAAAAUCAAAUAAUUUAUUUCUGUGUUCUUUUUCCACAUUAAAUAAAAGCUAUUGGACAUUUCCAAAUUAAAAUCGAGAGAAGGGACAGGGAAGAAGAACAGGGGGAAACAUAUCAGACAUGCAAAAACCUUUUGAGCUCCAAUUCUGCCCACUUUGUGGAUGGUGGCAGAGGCAGAUCUACCAUAGGAAGAAAAAAAAAAGCAGACUGCAGGAAGGCAGGAAGCCCCUGUGGUUGGUGUGUUGGACCACAGCAUUUUGUGAUGCAGCAUGACAGCCCCGACAAAUGUUUAUUUGACCAGAAACUAGUGUCUGGGGGGAAUUGCACUCAUAAGUGGCAGACAGAUAGGAUAGCACGUCGCCCCAGGUUAGGACCAAGGAGUGGCACUGGGAUUGUUAGAAUUAGUUCCCUGUUAGCACAACGAUUAUCCAAGAUGAGUUAUUAAAGGAAAAAAAAAACCUGCUUCUAACAUCUGUGAACACUGAACCGGUAUGUCAAGUCAAACCUGAUUCUACUGUAAAUGCAGAGAUGUCAUUUCCAGAGAGAGCUGGGUAAAACUAUGACACCACACACUAAGACCACAAGCCAUGGCUACAGACUGAUAUUGAUGACAAAGCCCUUCAGUCUCUGAUGAUCUAUACAGAGCCCUUUGGCUCACUGUGGCAGGCUGUAAUGCCCAUAUACAUCAUAGAACUGUCAGUUUCACAAGAUUAAAACAAUCAACAACAACAAAAAAGAUAGCAGGUCCUUUCCAUCAAAACCUAAAACCCUCUUCAUGGUGACAACUGGUUUGAAAGAGUAAGAUAAGCUACAUUUUUAUGGUGAAACCCACCCAGUCCUGUCAUCCUUCAGUAGUCAGUGUAUAAAAGAAGAAAAGGACAAACAGGUGUCCAACGCAGGAAGAGACGAUUUAAACUUCCAGAACAAACCAGGCGUUUGAAAGGACUGAUAACCGCAAUCUAAUCAGUGUCAGAUGAGCAGCAACGGUAACAGCUGGCUGUUCAGAGUAGAGAUUGCUUUCGCAUGCUCAGCAUUCUUGUUACACCUCUGGAUGGGCUAAAGUAGCAGAGAAAUUAAAAAUAAAACUAAUGUGGUAAUAAAUCAACUCACACAGACCCCUUUCCCAACAGAUGGUUCACAAGAAGGGAAAACAAAAGCUCUCAACACAUCCAAUGACUAGAACGACAUGUAUAAAAAUCUGGAAAAAAAAAGGGUCAUCUGAUCCAUUGUUCCAAAUGCACAGACACAAACGUACAUACACAGGCUGUUGUGUGGGUGGUAACUGUAAACAUCUACCUACUCUCCCUUCCAGUGGACCCCUGGGGCGAAGUAACUCAGCUGAAAUAGGCAAUAAACCCAGAAUAUGAACAAGGUACUGUAGUGUCACUCAGAGAGACUAGCUCAUCCAUCCUUAAAUUGUUAAAACAUCUGCAGCUGGAGACUUUAAUCAGUUUUACAAUUAAUAUUCUGUAGCAAAUAUGGGUCUGAUUUUCAGUAGUGCCACAUGAUAGUUUCAUCCAGUGCUUUCUAGUCUGAAGGAUAAAAGCACACAGACGUCCAGUGGCAUAAUAUCAAAUGCUACAAGAAUAGGGGAAAAAAACUGCAUUUACGACCUGUGGGUGUAGGCGUACUUCCAAUUGAAGGUUGGAAAAUCAAAGCUGUUUAGGGUUUAUUCACCCCAUAACUCACAAUUCGAUCAGCCUCCUUUUUUCCCACAUUCCGCGCCAACUAGGAUCCUGAAAAGCUAAAAAAAAAAAGUGUGCCUUUGUUCCUUCCUAUUAGUACAAGUCCUGUUGUCCUUAUUAGGUUGGAACAAAACACAGCACCAUAAAGGCUCUGAUUUCCUGUGCAGGCCCUCUGAAUGUAGAGAAAUAAAAGUAUCAGCUCCACACCAUUGUCAAAAGAACAGGACACACUCAUACUGUAGAUACACACUGCAGUAUUUUCUAAAGAAGUGCAUCUGACCCACUGUUCAUUUUACUUAAGAAAAAAUUAAAAGCAGAUGAAGCAAACUGUCUUUGCCAUAAUUUGUGUGGAUUGAAACAUCCAGGCGCAUUUAUGACAUGUUCUGGACUUUAGAUCUUAAAACAGUAGCGAGGUUGGUUGUGCAUCGAGUUGGGGCACCUGGGAAGUGCACUGCGGACUCAGCUGCUUACAGCAGCAUGAGGUUGUACAGGUGUAUAGCAGGUUCUAGAUAAACUGAAAGCAAACAAAAAGAAUAUAAUUUGCUAAGAAUACUGGUCUAUUUUCCUUUUUUUUUGUUGUUUUUUUAAGAUCAAUAAACACACACAGCAUACUCAAACACGAAUCCAGCAUUAACACUUUGCCUCCAGUCUGGCUGCCAAAGGCAGACCAGAAACAGGCCGAGGCUGCAGUGUGUCAUCUGUCACUGCAGAUGUGGAUGGAGUGGCACUUGCAUUGAGGAGAAGCAGACAAAUAAUGUAAAAGCAAUAAAUGAAGCAAUAAACUGAGAUGUAUAGAACAUGUUUGACUGCACCAUUAUUGGCAAAAAAAUCUCUUUCAAAGACUCCAUCUUCUCCUUUCUGGGGAUUUUGCAGCAGCUGGCAGUGCAUUUGGGAAAAAAGAUCUGAUCUGCAAAAAUAGUAGGGGGAAAAAAAACUUCCUCAUUCAUACUUUGUCAGGGUUUGAUUUAGUCAGAGACAAUGAAGGAAGGAAAAAAAAAAAAAUCAGGCAAAGUUUGAGGUGCUAAUGGAGUGGCCUGGUUGAAACAGCUGCUCUGCACCAACAUGCUUACACCAAACUGGGGGAGGAGUUUGGAGGGUUAGCCCCAGACUGGGUUAAUCAACACACACUCUUCAUUUCUGCACUCACAUUAAAAUAAACACAUGCAUAUCUUUACAGGCGUCAGUCCUGGAGGCUGAGGCAGGUGAUGGAAACAGCAGCAAGGAGCCCCUGCGCCCGCUGGAUGGGGAAGAAAAGAAAAAAAAAAAAAAAAAAAAAAAAA